AUGGAGCUGCCCUCGCGUCCCUCCUCCCCUGAUGCACCGCCAGCUGACCUUUGGUCGUCUAUCCUCGACUCGGUCUCCUCGACGCGCUCCAUACCCUCCAAGCAGAUCGUCCUCCUCGGCCGUCCCCAGUCGGGCAAGAGCACACUCGCAUCCGCCCUCCUCCGCAAGCCGCUCUCCGAAGACGAAGAGCGCGAGGACGCACGCGUCGAUUUCGCACUGGGCUACGACUGGGCAGACGUAAGAGACGACGCAGACGAAGACACCCUCGCCCGCCUCUCGGUGUACACCGUCCCGUCCGGCGCGCCCGCGUACUCCGCGCUGCUCCCGCACUUUCUGCCGCCGCGCGCGUCGCUCCCGCAUACGCUUGUUAUGAUUGUGCUCGACUGGACGAAGCCGUGGACGUUUAUAGAUGAUCUCGAGCUCUGGCUCCGCUGGGUCGAGGCCUGGGCACGCGGCGAUGGCGGUGCUGCACCGGCGGGACCAGCCGCAGGUGCGGGUGCUGUGGCAGGUGCAGCUACAGCAGCGGCGGGGAAGCCAGCGGACGGAGCGAGGGAGCUGGAGAUUGCGAGGGAGGAGAACCGCGAACGGCUACAGCACCACCUGCAGCACUAUACCGAGCCCUCGGCGGACGCACUCCCCGCGUCGACGCUCACGUCGGGCACGGUUCUCCCGCUCGGCGCGGGCACGCUGACGCACAACGCCGCGGGCGUGCCGGUCGUCGUCGUGUGCACCAAGGCGGACCUGAUCGACGAGGAGAGCGACGGGACCGGCGGUGUCACGGGCGGGAUGGGCGGGAUGGUCAAGGGCAAGGGCGGCGAGUGGGAGGAGCGCACGGAUAGCGUUAUGCAGGUGCUCAGGACGAUCUGUCUAAAGUACGGUGCCUCGCUGUUCUACACGACCCCGCAGCCGUCGACACUCCAGAGCCUGCGGCAACACGCCCUGCAUCUCCUCUUCAUGCCCGCGGCAUCCGCACCCGCGAUGGCAGGCGAAGCGCCAGCGCCGACGCGCAAUCCGUUCCCGUUCGAGCAGAAGCCGAACACGCUGGACCGGGACCAGAUCGUCGUGCCCGCGGGGUGGGACUCGUGGGGCAAGAUCGGCGUGCUGCGCGAGGGCUUCGAGGCGCGCGUGUGGGGGGACGCGUGGGAGGCGGAUCUGGAGGGCCCGGCGCCUGUGGAUGGGGAGGAUGAGCAGCAGCAGAAUCAGCAAGGAGGGGGAGGGGGGCAGGGGGCGAGGAGGAUGUAUAGGUUGUUGGUGCCUGAUCAGGGUGCGAAGCCUGCAGCGCUCCCGCCAUUCAACAACCCCACGCCCGAACAGGCGUUCCUCGCGCGGCACUACGACGACAACGCCAAGAAGCCAGACCGCGACCCGCGCGGUGCGUUCCUGCGCAACCCCACUACAUCUGCCGCCGAAGCCGCUGUCAACGGUGCCGCAGGCGGCACAGGCGCAGGCGCGGGAGCAGGGAUCGUCGGCCCGCUGGGCAACUCCUCGUUCUCGCUCCCGAACGUCGAGCGCGCGCUCAGCGAGAUGGAGGCGGGCGUGGGUGGGCUCGGCGCGAGCGGUGGACCGGGUGCAGCGGGUCCCGUGGCGAACGGGGCGGGCGCGGGGUCUGCCGGGGCCGCGGGCGCGUCGGUGGUCCUGGGUGCGAGUGGGGGUUCUGGUGCGGGGAUGGGUGUGGGACCGGAUAGGCGGUCGUCGGGAUCGCGCGGUGCGGGUGUCGGUCGGCCGGGAGGGCUGGGACAGAGUGUUGGGCCGGGCGCCAGUCCAGGGCCGGGUGCAGGUGGGCAGGCGGGGCGGUCGACGUCGCCUGCGCUGGGUGGAGGACCGGGAGGCGGGGGUGGGGGACCAGGGCAGACGCAGCAUGAGGUGCUGCAGAAUUUCUUCCAGAGCUUGUUGAGCUCGCGCGAGCGGGCUGCGGGUGUUGCGGGUGCGGGUGCUGGGGGUGUGACGGCGAGGAGUCCGCCGCCGCGGGGGGCGAAUGGGACGCCGGAGGACUCGGGCAGGGACAGGAGCGGGAGCGGGAGCGGGAACGGCGGAGGUGGGGUUGAGGCUGCCCCGAGUUCGGGCGGGAGUGCUGCAGAUGAGAGCGAGACGUCGUCUUGAGCUGAGAUUUUAUCUGUCCGUGGAUAUGUUUUUGGAUGUACUUGUUGUACGCUCG